CCUUAUUUUUAGAUGAGUUGUGUCUCAUCCGAUCAGAAUUGGUCGGCCAUCGUCGCAUGUCCGAAGCGAUGUUGCAAAUGCUACAACGACAAUCCCAAAGUGUUGCGCCGGGACUAUCUCUGCCAUUCAUCUCUCUCAGUGAGCUAAAGAGAUAUGAUGAACGGCUGAAGGACCCGGAUUUCAAAAUCAGAGUC